AUGUGGUAUGCCAUAGACCAGUAUGUUCCAGCAAAAUCUGAACGUGCUGCGCCCAAGCCGGCUUGGUCAAAUGCCGAUCUAAGAUGUCUCAAGAGGUUGAAGACAAGGUUGAAGAAGGCAGCCCUUCGGCGACAUAGCAAACAUCGGACCGACGCUACUAAAGCAGUAUAUUUCGAAGUGAACACCGAAUACAAGAAACUCAACGAUCGUCUCUACAAUGCCUAUCAAGACCGUCUACAAAACAGCCUGAAAUCGAAACCGAAAAGAUUUUGGCGUCAUGUCAAUGACCAAAGGAAAGAAUCGGGACUGCCUUCUACCAUGACCGACGGCUCGAUCAUGGCAGACUCCACCACGGAUAUAGCCAACCUUUUCCGCACCCAAUUUAGCAACGUGUUUACCAACGAACACUUGAGCCCUCAAGACGUAGCAUACGCCACCGCCUAUGUUCCUCGAAUAUCAGCAUCGCUGCAACAAUGUUCAAUCUCCAACGACAUGAUUAUUGCAGCUGGAAAGCAGCUGAAAUCUUCUACGGGUUGCGGCCCAGAUGGAGUUCCUUCUUUGGUAUUAAACAGCUGUUUGGAUUCAUUGGCAGCAUCUUUGGCAACAGUGUUCAACAUGUCUUUGACCUCCAAGGUGUUCCCGGAAUGUUGGAAGCUAUCAUAUGUGUUCCCUGUGUUCAAGAAGGGCAGUAGAAUGAAUGUUUCGAAUUAUCGUGGUAUAGCUGCACUGAGUUCGAUUUCUAAAUUAUUCAAGGUGAUAGUUCUGCAACAGCUAAUUCAGAGCUACAGUCAUUACAUCUCGCCGGAUCAACACGGUUUCAUGCCUAAACGCUCCACGACAACUAAUUUGGCAUGUUUUACUUCGUUUGUGAUUCGCCAAAUUGAAGCCGGUCAGCAAGUUGACGCUAUUUACACCGACCUGUCUGCCGCUUUUGAUAAAUAA